AUGAUUAUUAACUUUUAUUUUCUAUAUUUUACAUGGUUUCUAUAUUUGCCAUAAUUAUACUAUAUUGGAUGGAAUUAUAUCUAAUCAGAUACAUCUCUUAAUAUUAUAGCUACAAUUGUUCUAUUUUUUACAGUAUUGACUCUGACAAUUUCGAAUGUAUAUUUUGUGAACUUCGAAUUUAAUGAGCAACAUUUGAGAAAACAUUUUUCAUAUAAUAAUUUAAUUGCAUAGACAUUAGUAAUUCCUAUGGCUAUCCUAUAUUUGGAAAAUGAUGAUAUAACAUAGAUAGUAAGUAGGACAUUACAUGGAUUAAUAUUAUUGAUGUAAAUAUAUGAAGCAUAUUUUUAAUUGCCUUUUGGGUAAGUUAUAUAUAUAUAUAUAUUUUUAGAUUUUCUCAAUAAGGAUAUAUAUUUAAUAGAGCUUUAAUGACUCAUUCAGUAGUAUUUCUAUUCUCUUCAAUCAAGGCUUUGAGUACAGCUAGUCCUUACAGCUUGGCAACUAUCAUGUUAAUUAUGCAGCCAGUUGUAUAAUAUUUGUUUUAAAUUCUUUUUGAUAGCAAAAGAGCUAAUGCUUACCUUUCAAUAAACAAGACAAAUAACCAAUAUUAUGAGUUAUUAUAUAUUGAAGAUUUCUUUGAGUUGAGUUAAUUAGCAUAAAAAAAUAAAACUAAAGAGAUUGAAUUAAUAUAAAAAUUCAGUCUUCAUAUGAAUAGAUGUAAUUCAACUAAAUGUUAAUGCAGAAAAAUAGGAUCAUAUAAAAUAUUAUUAUUUGAUGAAACAGUACUUUUAAUUUCAUGUUUAUUCAAAGGAAGUUUUGAGAAACAUAAAUAAAAUUAUCAAGAUUUAAGAGUUUUUGAAAUAUUCAGUCUUAAAUUCUUAACAUUUAUUAAUAAAUAUAAACAUAAUGCUCCAAAAACAUAUUAAGAAUUAAAAAUCUUUUUUUAGAAAAAGAGAGAUUAUUCAUUUUAUUUCAUAUAAAUGUGUUUAUUAUUGUAAUUUAUACUAUAAGCUUAAAUGCAGAAAGAUGAAGAUUAUAAUAUUAAUAAAGAGACUAGAGUUUCAAAUGUUAAAUUAUAGGUUAGUAAAAGUGAAAGAAGUAUUGUUUAAAAUCUUUAUUAAAUGGAAUAAGUUAAAUAAAAUAUGAUACCUUUAUUAACAGAAAUUAGUUUAUUUAAAUCUUAAUUUUGGAAAUCAUUUAAAGAAGGUAAAUUCUCAGAUUAUCUUUAAAUUGAAGAUCAAAUUAAAAAAUUAUAGAAAUUAAGAGAUGAUGUUAUGUAUUAAUUUAAUAUUUAUUAUCAAAUAUUUUAUUAAAAUGGUAGAACAUUUAAUGUUUAAUUUUUAAAAGUAAAUGCUUUAAUUAACUUAUUAUUGUUUAAUAAUGUGAGAAAAUAUUUUGAAAUGGAGAAAGGUAAUUAAUAUUUUAUAUAAUAUUAGAAAGGAGAGAAAUUCUGUAAUUUGAAAAAAGUAUGAAUUCAUUUGAAAUUACAAACAUAAACUUUUUUAAAGGAGAAGCAAUAUCAGUAAAAGUAUGUAUAGCAUUUGGUCCAAAUAUUGGAAAAGUCUUAAAUAAAGUAAUUUCUCCUUUAAUCCCAAAAUUUUUUGGAUUUGGAAAAUUUCCUAAUCCAAUGAAUUCAUUCAUAGAUUUCACAAAAGGAAAUAUAAAUACUUUGAUGCCAAAUUGGCUAGAACCUAUUCAUGAUGAAAUAAUGUAGAAUUAUAUAAGAAGAGGUGUUACUGCUAGAAUUGGCAAAUAUUUUUAAACAUUUGCAAAAUUGUACGAUAAAACAUUGAUAAGAUGUUAAGUUUAUUUGGCACAUAAUUUUAGUUAAGAAUUAGAAGAUGAUUUUACAAUGAUUGGAUGUUUAAAAUCAUUGGAAGAAGAAUAACCAAAGUUUGUAGGUGAUGAAGGAAAGAAAUUAAAGAAUAUUGCAUUUAAAGGAGCUCAACAUAUUUUAUUUGAUGUGAAUGGAAAUAUUAUGGGUAUAACAAAAGGAUUAUAUAAAAUGAUUGAAAGAUUAUAAAGAUUAGUAACUAAAAACAAAGUAGGAACAUAUCAUGAAAAUGAUGAAAUUUUGCAUUAAAGUGGAUAGAAAUCAAAGUCAGAAAAUUCAUCAAUAGAAUCUGAAAGGUAUUUAGAUUAAAUAUAAUCAGUUAUGAUGUUUUUGAUUAGAAAUGGUCUAAUACAAUAUUGUAAAUAGAUGACUUUUAUAAUAAAGUAUUGAUAUGGAUGAUUUUACCAUUUAUUUCAAGAGAAAUAGAAUCAACAGGUAUAGAAUUCUUAAUGAAUGGAUAAACUCCACCUAAAAAUAGAUAUGCUAAUUUAAUUGAUUUAGAAAAUGGAAAUUAAGUUGUUUAAAAUAAAGAAACAUAUUUAUUUGUUCCUGAAGAUUUAAAUUUAUUUGUUUAAUAAUAUGACAAAGUUAUUACCAAAAUUGUUGAUGAUUUGAGAGUCUAAUCAAAUAAUUUUUCAUCUGGUAGUGCAUAUAGAGGAGGAUAAAGAAGUGAAUAUUAAGAUAGUGAUUAAUAAAGUAUGGUUUAAGUGGUUACUAUUUUUGAUGAGAAAUUAUGUGUAUUCUUUUAUGAUGAACAUUUAAAGAGACAUUAAGCAUUAUUAUUUGGAUAAACUAGAUAAUCAGAAAUGUAAAAGAGUUAAGGGAGACCUUCAUCAAAAUCAUCUAUACCUGAUAAAUAAACUAUUAGUAGUGAAGAAGAUAGUGAAUAACUAAAAACAAGAGCUGAAAAAAUAUAUUAGGAUAGAUAUUCAAAAUAUAUUGAGAAAUUCACACCUUAAGAUUUCAAUCCUAUACCAGUUGUUUAUUCUAUUUUUUAUGAAGAAUAUCGUUAUAAGAAAAAUGAUACUGAUCAUAAAUAAUAGAUGUUUGUUAUAGAAUUGAUUGUAAAUGAUUAAUAAUUGUUGAAUACAGAAAAAGGAUACAAAAGAUAAUUAAGAGAGACUAUUAAAUAGACAUAUUAAAAUUAUUAAUAGAAGAAAAUACUACUAGAAUAAAGGACAGAGGGAGAAGAUUCUAUGAGUAUAUAAGGUAAUAUGAGUGAAUAAAGAAGUAUACAUGAAGGAGAAAUAGUCAAUUAUAAUUUCCCAUCUCAUCCUUCACAUUAUUAUGAAGAUAUUUAUUUUGUAGAAAAUAAUUAGAUUUUAUAAACAGAUUAAUUAUACAGUCCUAGAUAGGAUGGGAAAUCUGAAGGAAUGCUCUUAAGUGGUCGAUCAAGAUAUAGUAAGCCUUUAUUAGAAAAAGAUACUAAAACUUAAGGAGGUCAAAAAAAAAAGAGUUAAGUUACUGUUAAUUCAGAUCAUAGUAGAGAAGAAAUUUAAUUUAAAGGAUCAUAUUCAAAUUUAAAAUUUCCUGAAAAAGAGAUUGCUUUUAAAGCAUUGGCUAGAAUGAAUUAAAAGAAAAAGUAAUAAGAUUUUUAUAAUGAUAAUGAAUCUAAAAUACCUAUAGAAAGUAAAGGUUCUUAAUAACAAAUCUUUGAAGAGUUUUAAGUUAAAUAUUCUGAUAGUUUAAAACUAUUUGAUUCUUAAUAUAAGUUUGUAUAAUAAAAAACUAGUGAUAUGAGAAAUCCAAAUUCAUACAAAAUUUAAAAAUAUCUAUUGAUUACAACAUUUAUAUUAAUAGUAAGUUAUAUCAUUCUCAUUUCAAUUGCAGUAUAAAAACAAUAUAAUCUAAGUUAAUGUUAUGAUUUAAUUGAAUUAAUGAUUGCUACCUAAAAAUCAUAUUCUCAAAUUACUCAUAGUUUAUAUCGUUUAGAAUUAUCAGAUUUAUUACAAAUAGACAAUAUUGAUAUAUUGAAGUAAUUUUAUGAAAAACAAAUCUUUUCUGAAUUGUAAGAGUUAAUAGAUAUUUAAAGUAAUUAAAUUAUAGAAAUCAAUUAAGUGUAGGUUAGUUUAGAUAUAUUUUAUGAUAUAGAAGAUAAAGUUUAAAUUAAACCAACACUUUAAUAAACAAUUUAAUUUACUCUUGGUUAAUUCUAUAAACUAAAAUAAAAUGAAACAAGAGAUAUAUUCAAAUAUAAUUCUUCUUUAACAUUUGCAUCUGUUGCCAAUCUAGAGGGUAUUGGAUAAUUACCAUAAAAGGCUUAUGAUUUCUGUUUUGAAGAUUAAGUCUAAAAUGAAAAUACUUAUUAAACUCUCUUAAUCAUUUAUAUGGUAGUAAUUUUCUUUUUGGUGAUGAUUUUAUAAUUUUCCCAUAUACCAUUAAUUGGAAAAUUAAGAAAGAGUCAUCGUACAUUUUAUAAGGAAAUUAUUAAAUUAUAAACAAAUGAAGUUAAUGAUGAAAUUGAAAUAUAUGAAACAAUUGUAAAUAUAUUCAAAAAAUCAAUUUAUGAAUGGAUGUUGAUUGAUUUUGUUUAAGAAUCUUAAAUGUUUGAGAUUACAAGAGAACAUAAAACAAAUGCUCUUACUCCAGGUAGGGAAAUGCAUACAGAUAUAAGUUCUGGAGCAGUAUCUUCAUCUAAUAAAAAGAAUAAAUAUAAAUUAAUGGAAAAAUUGAAGAAAUCUUAAAUGAGAUAGGUUAAAUAUUUUGUAAUAUUAAUGGUUGGAUUGUUUGUUAUUUUAGCAUAUUUUCUAAUAAUAUUCUUAGUUAUUUUUAUAUUAUCAAAAGAUCUAUUAUCUAAUGUAGAAAUUCUAUUUAAAUUUAAAUUAGUUUAAUCAUCAGUAAUUAAUUUAAUAAAUAAUAUGGAUUUAGUAGCAUUUACAAGUGUUAAUGAUUAAUUAUAUGAUAAUGUUAUGUUAAUAUAAACUUAUUAAACUUAUGCAUCAGUAUUAAGUGGUGAUACAACAGAUUAUUUUUAAUAAUACUCAAAUGAAUUUAUUUCAGCACUUAUAGAUGAUAAUUUAAAAUUUAAUCUUGAUACUAUGAAUUAAAAUAAUAUUUGUGAGAUUGGAAUUGGUAUUGAUUGUUAAUCAACUGAUGCUAUUAUCUUAAAUCCUUGGUUAUUACCAUAUUAUUAAUAAGGAUUGAAAUCUUUAAUGACUUAAGUAGACAAAAUCAUAUCAUAAUAUCCUUAAUUUUUUGAUGAUCAAAAUGUAAAAAAUUCAUAGGAUACUCUUUUUGAAUUUUAUUAAAGCUAAGAACAUUUAAUAUAUAUAGAUUAUGGAAGUGAAUUAUUAAUUAAAGCAUAGAAAUAGAUUAUAGAUACGGCUUACAAACAAUUUGAUCAAUCUUUAAAUUUCUACAAACAAACAUUAUUAAUAUUUACUUUAAGUGUAGGUGUGGCUGGUUUUUUUAUUAUAGGUUUUUUAGGGAAUUUAAUAUUAAAGAUGUAAAAAGAUUCAAUAGAAACAUGUUAAGCAGCCUUACUAUUAUUAUCACCUAAACGAUACUUAAAUAAAUCGAUGGGUUUGUUAACAUAAAAAAAAUUGUGA